ACUAUUGAGUUGAUAUUUUCCCAACAUUUCUACGAAACGUUUGAUUGAAUUGAGAACUCAGUCAUUGAAUUGAUUACUGUUUUUGUGAAAACAUAUAACUAUUUGAGUGAUUAGUAUUAUCACCAAAACUGAUCCAAAACAUUGCGAUCAUGUCUUACGAUUACAAUAAUAGUUAGCCAUUAAUAAUGAAGUUUGUUGUCAUGUUUUGUUGGGUAACUAAUAAUAAUAAUUUGAAUAUUUUUAAUCAUAUGAUAUGUAGUUAAUUAGGACUAAAGCCGUAUAACAAUUGGAUGUAAUGUUUUGAAUCAAUGAAUGACAACAUUGUUAAGCAAUAAUUGUUGACAUUAUAUGUGAUCCCAUUGUUAACCUAUUGGUGGACAUAAUAUACCAUAAGUUUUAAUAGUUAUUACAUUUGUGUGUUUAUAUGAUAUAUCAUAUGUAGUCAACAAUACAUUUAUCAAUGGGUCGCAUAUUAUUAAGAAAAUAAUAAUUAAUAUCUAAUGAAUUGUCAUUUAUUUAUCAUAUAAUGCGCUAAACCAAUUGGUCGUCAAUUAGGACAACGAAAGGAGACGACUACUCAUCCCUUGUUUAAACUGAAAACAUCAUUAAAGACAACAGUGAAGACAACAAUGACUACCAUUAAGGCAAAACAGAGGGCAUCGGUAUUAUGGCUUUUAUCCAAAGCUUACAACAAUGAGAUGCCAACAGAUCUGAGAGAACCCUUCUAUAAGGACCACGAAGACAAUGAUAGACUUAAACCACAAAUCACRCAAUCAUUGGCCAGCGCUGAGCUCUAUUGUCUGGCGUUGGCCAACAUUUACUCCGAUCCCAAUUAUAACUGUUUGAAUCAUUUCGGUAUUAUGCAAAUACUUCAGCGCAAAGGGGUUUAUAUGGUAGAGCCAAACGACACAUCAUUAACCGAAACGGUUCUCAUACAGACCGCUCCCAUUAAAAUGAGCGCUCAUAUGGUUAUAAUUGAAGCCAUAAUGACAUUAUACAUAAAAGAAGUGUUAAUUCCCGAUAAGGUAGCCGAAGUCGUGGCCAGGUUUUCGUAUUUAGAAGAAGACGAAAUACCUGAUGAUUUAGAAGAAGUGGCCAUAUUUUGGAUAAACAAAUGUUGCGCCCGAUUAAAGCAAACAAUGCAAUCUGAAUUAGCCGCAAAUCCCGAAACACGUGAUGAUUCAGUUCCUCCACUUCAUAUGGUCACCGAUUUGAUGGAUUUGAGUGACGGCUGUGCAUUGGCAGCGCUACUUAGCUUUUACUGUCCGGGUCAUCUCAAAUGGCAAGAUAUCUGUAUAAGUGUCGACAUGUAUGAUGAAGACUCCAUAUAUAACAUCCAAUUGAUUCAAUAUUUUUGUGAAGAGAAACUUCCAUUUGAUUGUUGUUUUUUAACAAUCGAAGACAUACUGUUCCUUCACGAGACUAUUCAUACGAAUGUGUUAGCCUUUAUCGCCGAUUUGUUAUUUUUCUUUGAAAUAAGACCGGCUGAGUGUGUCCGACAGCCCGGUUUGAAUUCGAGCAUUGAUCAGGUGGACGGAGAAGCAAACAAUUAUCUGCAUUAUCCCGAAUUGCCGACACCCGCUGAAAUGAAGGCCAUGUCAUUGCAGCACUCGUCGUGGGCCGACCAUCAAGUUUAUCAGCAACCGAUCAAUGGUUCUCCACCCACUCGACCGCCUCGUCGUCUCAACUCAAAUGCAAAGCUUGCGAACCACCAAAAAGGUCUUUCAUCACAACAACAACCUUCCGAUGAGGACGAAGAGCUAACUCGUUAUUUCUCCACAAUUGACUUUAAAACCGAAAACGAGGCCUCACCUGAAAUAGUUAUGAUCAAUGAAAGGAAUGUCAACAAAAUGCCACUUCAAAUGGGACCCAAAUCUAUCAAUCCUUAUGUUAACAACAAUAUCUAUCAAAAGGAUAGUAACUCUGAUGAAAGUGAUGUUCAUCUUUCAGGUUCACCACAAAAAUCAAGCAAUGACUACAACAACCACGAAAUUAAUGAUAAAUCCUCCUCACAAUUGACUGACUAUUAUACACAGUUAGCUCAAAACACCACUUCAACAACAACUAGACGACCAAAUACAACAACAAUCAACAGAACUUUGAACAAAAGCCAACAAAAUUUAAUGCAGUCGUCUAUAGUGUUGGGAACAGAUUCUCCGCCACUACCGCUACAACAACAACAACAACAACAAUCUGAUACCAACAAAGUGAAUACGAGUACAUUUAACAAAUUAAAUUCAAAACACUUACCAUCUUCUCCAGACACGGAACCGAUCAUUAAUAUUGCUUAUAUGAAUAAAAGUGAUAAAACAAUGAAUAACAAUAGUAAUAGCUGUUUGCCAUCUGUGACUAAUAAAUCCAUACAAAACACUUCAAACAAUAAUACAUUUAGAAAAACUAAUUUAUCUAAUAAUUCGGUUGAAAAUAUGUCAGUUAGUGGUGACCAACCAUUUUAUUUGAAGGAAAACGAUAACAAUAGUGAAUAUAAAAGUCUUUUAGAUACAUAUAAUUCAAGACAAAACUUACAACAACUCAAUAAAAGUGAUUCAAUAGAUUCGUUGUUAGAUGAAAAUGAAGUCCAGUCUAUUCCUGAUUCGCCCACUAAGACUAACUCAUGUGACUCUGACAUCGCAUCACAGGUUCAUAACAUACGACUCAAAUUAGAAGAGAAGCGCCGAAAGAUUGAACACGAAAGACUGACCGCUGAAGAAGAAUGGAAAAAUAGUCGACAAAAUAUCGGCAAAGAGGCCUUUCUUAGGGUUGUUCAUAAAAAUGGUAGUCAAGAGGUGCCUAAUCAACCAAUGCCUUCAAAUGUGCUACAAAAUCAUCAUAUAUUAACACAACAAGACUUUAUGAGUCAGCAAAUGGUUAAUCACAAUCAGAUGCUUCAGAAUCAGAAUCAUAUGAUGAACUCAGAUCAGAUGAAUCGUCAGUUACAUACACCACAUAUGGUUAACCAUCAGAUGAUUGCACCGGAAUAUAUGAAUCAACAAAUUCAAGUAAUGAAUAGCCAGAUGUUGAAUCACCAGAAUAUGCCAAACCCGAUACAACCGUACUCGACAUCACAAACAUAUUAUAUUCCGACAACAAAUACCUUACAACAACAUAAUACAGGAUUUUAUAUGAACUCGACAACAGUUCCCAUGACAUCAGUGCCCAUAAGUGUUUCAUCUGUUUCUUCUAUAUCUUCACAACAAAUGUUGGAUGAGUUUGUACAACAACAACAACAACAACAAAAUGUUUUCUUAACCCAAGCCUCUGCUCCAAAACCAAUGAUUGGCCAAACCUUUCGUGUGAAUAAACAAAGUAAACGAAACAAAUCGCCUGACUUUUUACAACACACAUCACCGGCUCGUUCAGUGACCAGUGAGUACUCAGAUGAAGGCUUCAAUAACUACGAUAAAAGUAAUAAGAGUUCAUCGAGUAAUUCGACUGCAAAAGAAACUGAUUCAUUGGCCGGCGAUAAUGCCUUUAAUCCUAAAGAAGCGUUUUUCAUAUCAUUUGAUAGCGACACUCAAAAGCCAAAGCCGGCUAAACCGGGACUCAAACCAAAACAUGUCAAACAACAGCAACAAAUUAGACGAGAACUUAAAUCAACAAACAAUACUAUCUUUGAAGCCAACGGCCAAACAGUCAACAAUUCGGUCAAUGGACAGACAAGUGAUGAUCAAAAUGUUUCGACUUCAGUACAACCAAAACACCAACAGUCGAGUGUCAAUUCAGUGUCACCAGGAGUUGGCUUUGUUAUCGGCCCAGACUUAGUCCGUCAGGACCUAAGCAGUGAACAAGAAAUGGUCAAAAAGAAAGAGGCAAUUAUGUUGCAGUCACUUAAAAGAAGAGAACAACAAGAAUCAGAUAGAGCUAAGAGGGAACAAAAUAUGGCCAAAAAGCGAGAAGACGAGAGAAUACGAUUGGAAAACUCUGAGAGAAAGAGAGAAGAAGAACGCAUAAAAAGACAGUUCAUUCUCGAACAAUAUAGACAACGAAAGGCCACAGAAGAAGCAGAAAAGAACGGCGGAGGCGUGUCAUCCAAGGAUUCGGUUCGCAGUAAUAGUACUUUAGUAUUAAAUAGACCGCCGCGACAAAGGCUUUUCCAAAAGCCACGUCCAAAGUCACUGCAUGUGUCCGCCACUAACAUUCAAGAUUACACAUCACUCGACUGCAACAAAUCACGUGUUGUCGAUGACACCGACGCGUGUAUUCUCAUGUCUUCCCACAACAAUAUGUCUCGACCAGACUCAGCCAUGUCUGCAAAGAGUUCUGCAUUUGUGUCUUCGCCCACAAAUGGCUCAAAUGUUCCUCCAUAUAUGUUCUCCAGAUUUAGGGGUCCUCCUAGUGAUGGAGCGUCUGAUGCCGGCUCUGUAUACGCUGAAUACACGGGCCCUAAACUGUUUGUCAAACCCAGUCAGAAGUCUAAUAAAACUUUGAUAUUAAAUGCAAUCAAUGUUGUGUUGGCCGGUGCUGUCAAUGCUGAGACCAAAAGGAAAGUGUCAGAGAGUAUUAACUCGUCGGACAGCAAACACUAUUUGAUAUUAUUUCGAAAUGCGGGCCUUCAGUUUAGAGCAGUUUAUACCUAUAAUCCCGAUCGGGAAGAAGUCAUUAAACUUUAUGGUACGGGUCCUAAAAUUGUCACAAAUGAAGUCAUCGAUAAAUUUUAUAAAUAUAACUCUGGAAGUAAAAGUUUUGCCACAAUUCAAACCAAACAUCUUAGCGUAACUAUAGAUGCAUUCAUUAUACAUAAUAAUUUAUGGACCGGCAAAAAGGUUAUACCUAAAAAAGAUUAUUUGUAG